AUGGAUCUCUCAGCUGUCCACGCCGCGCUCUCCGCCAAGUCCUACUCCGCCAUCGCCACCCUCUGCGACGACCUCCUCCUCCAGGUUGCGUCCCGGGGCGUCGCCACCGACGACUGGCCUUACGCCGUUCAUCUCCUCGCCCAUCUCUACCUCAACGACCUGAACAGCGCGAGGUUUCUAUGGAAAACGGUGCCGCAGGAGGUGAAGGAAGCUCAUCCGGAGCUGGGCGCCAUCUGGAAGAUUGGCCAGUGCCUCUGGAACCGUGACUAUGCUGGGGUCUAUACUUCCGCACAGGGGUUCGAGUGGGGGCCUGAAAUCGCUGAUUUUGUGGCCGGCUUCCUAGAAAGCUACAGAAAGAGGAUAUUUGAGCUGUUGACUUCUGCGUAUACCACAAUCAGCAUUGCAGAUGUGGCUCACUUCAUGGGGAUGAGCGAGGAGGAUGCUACUAACUAUGCGGUGCAAAAUGGUUGGAGUCUGGAUGUGGCAACCAAGAUGCUUACUGUCAGAAAACAGAAGCCCCAGACUAACCAGAAGCUUGAUGCAAGCAAACUGCAGCGUUUGACCGAAUGUGUUUUCCACCUGGAGCACUGA